AUUCAAAAUGAAAUUAGUCAGCCAUUCGAUUUAUUUCAGUAGUAAUAGGUGUAACUUAAAGGUAAAUACUUAGAAGUAAAUAAAAAAUUAUCAGUGAAGACCAUUCGGAAAAACCACCUAAAUUAAAAAGAUAUUGAAAAAAUAACUGCCAUGGAAGUUGGUGUCACCCUAAACAACGAACUUGAGGCUCAGAUUUCGGAGGCCUUUUGCAUCUUUGACACGCAUGGCGAUAAGUACAUUGAUACCCGCAAUGUGGGCAACGUCCUGAGGUUUCUUGGCUGCGUACCCACUGAGAAAGAGGUCGAGGAGGUGAUCAAGGCCACCGAGUCCACGGAUUACCCAGGGGAGACCCACAUCCUCAAGUUCAUAGCCCAUGUCUCCCAACUGCUCAUGGACCGCCAAAUGGAGCCAGCGUCGGCUGAAAAACUUCUGGAGGCCUUCGAGACCCUGGAUCCGGAGAACAAAAAGUAUCUGACCAAGGAGUACUUUGGGAAACUGAUGGCGGAGGAAGGCGAACCCUUUAGCCAAGAGGAACUCGAUGCUAUGUGGCCGGUGGCCAUUGAUCCUAUCACUGGAAAUAUUCCCUUUACCUUCUACAUCAAUCAACUCAGGCAUAAACCAAAAAUCUACGAAAUCGCCGAGGUCAUUAAAGAGGAAUUGGCCCAAGCCGAGAGGGAGAAGGGCAAGAAGCCCCAACCAACUAUGUUUUAGCUGCGGACCCAAAAAUAUUAUGUUUAGAUGUACAAAAUCGUGCGCAAUGAGAAAAGAUUUAACAAAUUUUACAUAUGCAAAUAAAUUUAUAAUUUAAGAUAUA